AUCGAUUCUUACUCUGUCCAAUACUGUUAAUCUCCUUUCCAUCCUGAAGAUCGUGCCAUCGGGAUCGCAACAGACUUAGAGGAGCGUAAGGACACAUCAGGAGUCACCAUGUCUUUAGCCAACUAUUUCUUUGGAAAUGUUGACAAAUCGGGCAAAGUGGAAGGCCUGCCUGAGGAAUUUCGCGAAGCAUUGGAGAGUCUUGGAAAUGACGAACGAUUGAAAAGUAUCUUCUCUGCAAAAACGCUUGGCGUCGAAGACAAUGAGGUGCAGGCACCGGCAUCAGGCGCUGGCGACAAUGACGAAGACGAAGACGAGGACCAGGACGGCGAGGUGAACUUUGCAACCAUCACAUCCAACUUUGAGCGGGCCAAGGAUGCUGUCGACUUUUCAGGAAUCGACGACCUCGCUGCUGACAACACUGAGCAGGAGAUGUUCAAGAGUCGAUAUAUGCAAAGGGGCCUUUCCGCCGUCAAAGCGACCGCCACUACAGCCAUGCGAAGCAGUUCUGGCAGCAAGGGAAGGCUAAAUGGCAUGGACGAAGACUAUGACGAGGACACGGACGAAGAAGAAACGCCCAAGUCCGGCUCUCGGCGGCAAUCACCAUCCGCAUCAGUAGCCUCAACAACGCAGAGCUCGACCAAACCCACCUUAUCCUUACUGGAGCAGCAAAACCUUUAUCUUAUGGAGGAGCAACAAAAACUACAACUGCAAGCUGGAAGCGGAUUUAAACCAGUACUACCGCCAUCGUCACUACCCGCACUUCCAGGACUUACUACUUCACCCACGCCGGCAGAACCUGUGGAUGUACAUGCAAUAUACCCCGCAUUCGAGGAGAACAAGAUCUUAAAGUUUUCGGACCUCUUCAACACCAAACGACCAAAACGACUUCCACACUCGAGAGCCAAGCCUGCUGAGUUUCCAACUAGCGCCAAGUUCAGUCGAGAACAUGAUGACCGAAGACUAUUUGAACAACCAGAGGAUCCUUCUACCGACGAAGGACAGUACGCCGAUUAUUAUGAUGACAUGGAGGAAAUGGUGGACAAGGAAUGGGCUAACAGUUUGCAAUGGAAAGUCCCGAGUACGAAGGAUUUUUAUUCUGUGCAACUUGAGUUGUGGGAAGACAAAAUCAUCUGGGACGAUGCUGUGGUUCCAUCCCAAAACAUGGAAAUGAACGGGAGUGAGAGCUCAUUUAUUAAAAAUUCGUCUGAGCUGUUUGCAGUCCGGAAUUACGAGCUGGAGAAUGGUGAUUGGGAGGAAUCGAUUAUCUGGGACGAGAAUAAACCAUACAAGCCAUUUGCCCAUAUCAGCCUCAACAUGAACGACGCAAACGUUCUGUUCGAUCUUACAUCAAUGGAUACCAAGGCAAUGGGAGAAGGGUUUAGAGGAAAACGUGGAAAGAAGGUGCAGCUGCCGGCUUACCGUGUGGUGACCAACAAGAACGACCCCUCUGAAGCCGAGACACACAGGAAACUGCACAUUGAUCGGUUCAACCUGUCGAACGACCGAUUUUACGAAACGCACAAAGAGGGCCGGUUCCACAGAGUGCGUCAGACAUUCGGACAGCUGGUUGUACAGCAUGCUCUCCCUGCGGUCAAGCUGAUGAAGCCCUGGUACAAGAACAAGCUGACGAAGUCAGAACUCCGGUCAUUCCACCGACCACAGCUUCAGCUGUCCCCCAACGCCGACAUUACAUUCUCGCGUGUGAAAGGCAGCAAGAAGAAGAAGCAAAAACGCAAGGAAUUGGGCGAGGUUAUGAGGAGCUCCAAGGAUCUCACACUGCGCGAUCACACCAACUUUGUGCUACUGGAGUAUUCGGAGGAGCACCCGGCCAUUGUUCAGAACGUCGGCAUGGGAAGUUUCUUGAUCAACUACUAUCGCAAGGAGUCGAUCGACGAUACGCAUGUACCGCAAUCGGACAUCGGAGAGCCCUUCGUUCUGGACGUCGCGGAUGCAUCGCCAUUCUUGAAUUUUGGAAACGUCGAAUCUGGACAAACCAUCAGCGCACUUUACAACAACCUUAUAAGGGCACCAGUUUUUGAGCAGCCAGCUCGGAAUACAGACUUUUUGGUCAUUAGGAAUACCUAUAAGGGUGAAACAAAAUAUUACAUCCGUCAUAUCCCUCACCUUUACGUUGUCGGUCAAACGUACCCAGUUCAGGAUGUUCCUGGACCUCACUCGCGAAAGAUCACGACUAUGAUCAAGAAUCGUCUUCAGAUCUCUGCCUUCAGAUUCAUCCGCAAGGAUCCACACAGUCGACUGCGAUUCGUCAAACUUGUAAAGGCGUAUCCUGAAUACUCUGAGAUCCAGAUUCGACAGAGGCUGAAGGAGUUUGCGGAAUUUCAGCGGAAGGGCAACAACACUGGUUUCUGGAAACUGAAGGCGAGCACGCCUUUGCCAAGCGAGGAGGAGAUCCGGAAGCUGGUUACGCCUGAGAUGGUCUGCUUGUAUGAGAGUAUGCUUGUUGGACAGCGACAUCUCUUGGAUGCCGGUUAUGGAAAAGCAGCUGAUGGAGAGGACGAUGCGAAUGAGGACAAUGAGGCCAACAUGGACAUCGAGGAGCAACUUGCACCAUGGAUCACUACCCGAAAUUUCAUCAAUGCUACACAGGGCAAGGCCAUGUUGAAGCUGUGGGGCGCCGGUGACCCCACUGGUCGUGGCGAGGGUUUCAGUUUUGUCCGCAUCAGCAUGAAAGAUAUUUUUCUGAGGCAAGGAGAGUCGCUCGAGGAGAGAUUAGCGCAGAUCGAGCUAUUGCCCAAGAGCACGCAUCGUUACAAUGUCGCGGAGCAGCAACAGGUGUACAAGGAGGAAAUCACCCGCAUCUGGAACGCACAACGUGAGGCCUUGAGCAAGAUCGAGGAGAUUAACGGCAACGAUGACGAAAUCGCUGGUAGUGACGAUGAUGAAGAAGAGAGCUAUAACCGACAGAGAAGGGAAAUGUCGGCUGUUGAUAGGAACCGCGUUUCGCCUUCACCGUCGUUGUUUGGCCGAUACCGUGACAGUGGCGACCGAGAUCGCGAUCGAGACCGCGAUCAUGACAUGGACGACGAUAAUAUUUCUGUGGCUGGCAGCAUCAGCUCACGCACCAGUGCAGGAAACUUUGGAUCAUCUAGAAACAAAUAUUUGAUUAUCAAGCGACUUGUCCGUCAGCCUAACGGUGAGGCCAUCUGGAAAUCUGAAACGAUCCGGGACCCAGCUGUGAUGAACAACUAUAUCCGGCACCGUCAGCUGAUUGAGGAGAGCUCAAUCAGUACAGAAGCAUUGGAACCGACGGACGAUGAAGCCAAGAACGAGAGAAUGAGGAAGCGUAUCUUGGAGGAGAUUGCCAGAUUGAACAGAAAUCAGGAGCGUAGGAUGGCUCGAGCUGCAGCCAAGGCAGGCACUGCCCCACCAGACCUCCCAAUCAAUCCGGUGACGGCGUCACUCAAGAAGAAAGUUGUACGUCAAUGCAGUAAUUGCGGUGCCUUGGGCCAUAUGAAAACGAACAAGAAGUGUCCAAAAUACGUCGAUCCAUCAGGGGCGCUCCCUAACUUGGGUGUCACUGGAACGGCGUAUGUCACUUCUGGAGGCGUUGGAAGCAGCAUGAUGUCGCCGCCGCAUGCGCCCUUGCGCCAGCCUUCCAUUCCACCUGGAACGCCUGCAGCUAUGGCUCGAGGAGGCUCAGUCACUGGCGAGUACUUUAGACAGAUGUCACCUCAAUCUUCAAAUGCUGGCGGCAACAAGAUUUCAAUCCCCAAGGCAGUGAUCGAUCGUGUGGUGGAAUCAGAGAAGGAGCGCGAAAGAGAGGAUAAGGAAGCUCUUGUCGUCCGGUUGCCUUCAAAGAUGCUUCAAGCGGCACCAAAGCGGAAGCGAAGCGAGUCGGCUAGCCAGCAAAACAACGAUCUGGACGACUUUAUGGAUUAUUUGCACCCUCCUAUCAAAUCCUAUGGUCGCCGCAAGAAGCCGGAUGUUGAGCUCGCCAAUAUUAUUGAAAAUGUCCUCGCAACCAUUCUUGCGAUGCAAGAGGCGACUGAUUUUAUGAAUCCGGUCUCCUCCAAAUAUGCACCUGGCUACGACAUUGUCAUCAAGCAGCCACGCGACCUCUCUGGUAUGCGCGAUGCGAACAAGAAUUACUAUGCCUAUCGUACGGUGGACGCGUUCUUGACGGAUAUGAGGAUCAUGGUCAAUAACUCAUGGAUUUACAACGGGGAAAACUCGCCCUGGACCAAGGCCGCGAUGGUGUUGUUGCAGAAAGCCGAGGAGAUUUUGAGCCCUCAAAUGGAGAACAUCCGUCAGCUCGAACAAGAGAUUCUGGAGGCAGACAUCAAAGCGAACAUCUAUGGUGCAGCCGGCACCCCAGGAGGAAUACCCGGUGCGACGGGAACACCACCUCCACCGGCCUUACCAAGCAUUCAUCCUGCAGGAUACGGAGUUUACACGAGCGCAACUUUCCCGGGCAUUGGUAAACCGUUCCUCGGAUUCCAGGCCCCUCCAACCAAGAACGGUGGCCAGUCUACAGCUGCGUCUGCAGCUGCAGCUUCUGCCCCUGUUCCUAUCACUGACCCUGCAGAUGUGCAGCCCAAGACCGAGACUAUGGAAUGGGAGUAAAUCAGUGCAGCUACCUUGUGUAUGUUUAGUGCCUUAGUGCUUUCUAGACAAUAAAACCUGAACAUGACCAUAAUCACG